CCGAACACUGCGUCCAUGUGUAGUGCCGGCCCCAUCUUGUGCGUUCAUGCCUAUUCUUGCCCGUCUAGCUAGGCUGCGAUCUGAUUGCGCCUGCCAUAGUAGAUCCUCAAACGAGCACCGGCUGUGCAGUAGGCUCGAUGUUACUCCUUCGUUCGCCUGUCGUCGAACACUACUAACCGACCUGCCAUCUGCCCUCCUCGCUCCUUCGCAAGAGACAAGCAGUGACACGCCAUGGCACUCGGUUCCUCCCUCCUGACCACCGUCCUCCUCGCGCUUGCCGUCGCCGCGAGCCCGGUACAGGUUAACAAGCCCCUCGUUUCCCUGCCGUUGGUGCGCCGUACGAACAGCACAGGCCUCUCCAACUUGCUCGCGAACGACCAGGCGAGGGCCCGUAACCUCAAGGAGCGCGCCCAGGCCAAGCUCGAGGGCCGCGCGGCAAGUGUUGAGGCGACCAACGUCGUUGACACCUACGUCGUCAGCGUCGGUGUCGGAUCCCCUGCUACCCAGUACUCCCUCCUGGUCGACACCGGCUCCUCCAACACUUGGCUUGGCGCUGACAAGAAGUACACCAAGACCUCUACUAGCAAAGACACCGGCUCCCAGGUCUCCGUUACCUACGGCUCGGGCAGCUUCUCCGGCGAAGAGUACACAGACACUGUUACGCUCGGUGACGGGCUGACCAUCACCGGACAAUCCAUUGGCGUCGCCAGCUCGGCCCAGGGCUUCUCCGGUGUUGAUGGUAUCCUUGGCGUUGGUCCCGUCGCUCUGACUCAAGGUACUCUCCAGAGCUCCGACGACACUAUCCCCACUGUCACGGACAACUUGCUCUCGCAGGGCACCAUUUCCACGGAGGUCCUCGCGGUCUCCUUCGAGCCGGCUACCUCUGAGAGUGACGCCAACGGCGAACUCACCUUCGGUGGUACCGACUCCUCCAAGUUCACCGGCUCGAUCAACUACGUUCCGAUCACGUCUACCUCCCCCGCAAGCGAGUACUGGGGUAUCGACCAGUCCAUCAGCUAUGGAUCCAAGUCGAUCCUGAGCAGCACUGCCGGCAUCGUCGACACCGGCACCACCCUUGUCCUGAUCGCUAGCGGUAAGUGGCUCAACACUGUGAACGCGAGUGGUACGACACUGACGAAUAUGCACCGCAGACGCGUACAGCGCGUACAAGUCCGCUGUUGGUGGGACCGAGGACCAGAGCACCGGUCUCCUUCGCAUCUCGAGCUCGCAGUACAGCAACCUCGAUACCCUCAACUUCAAGAUCGGCGACGUACGUCUCGUCCUCUCUCCCCUUUUCAACGUGCACUGAUAUCGGUCCGACAGACGACCUACGGCCUGACGGCGAACGCGCAGAUCUGGCCGCGCUCGCUGAACUCCGCGAUUGGCGGCACUGCGGACGACAUCUACCUCGUCGUGAACAGCAUCGGGAGCGCAUCCGGCGAGGGCCUUGACUUCAUCAACGGCUACGCGUUCCUCGAGCGUUUCUACUCCGUCUACGACACCACCAACUCGCAGGUCGGCUUCGCGGAGACGCAGUACACGAGCGCGACCAGCAACUGAGUCUGCUCGAC